AUGAAUUAAUCUUCGUUUAGAGAGUAUGGAAAUUUUUAGAGUUCAAGUACUUCAAGAAUCUAGUCUCGCUCGCCCAUCAAUGCAAAUUUGAAAUCACAUUAAAAGAUGCCCUCAAAUUAAUUUAUUAUGCAAUAUCCUUGUUAACCAAAAGAUUCAUCUACUUAUGAUUUAAAUGGAUUUGAUCUUGAUAUUAAAGAACAUUAGAUUUUUGAUUCCUAUUCAAAUAGAAGUAAAUAGUAAAAUUCAUAAUAGAUGAUUAUUUUGGCUGUAUAUUAUAAUAAUUAUAUAGGAAAGGAGCAGAAUAACUUCUCCAUCAGUCAAAAAAAGGAAGCAAAAGUUAAGAAUGGCUUAAAUUAUAUAAAAAUUUGUAGAGAAAAUUAAAAUUAGUAAUAAUUUAUUCACAAAAUAACAUUAUGUCAAUACACUGUUAUAAACAUAUUCAAAUCCAAUUCAUAAAGAAAAUACUAACAGCAAAAGCUUUUUUCAAAGGUUAAAAUAAUAUAUUGCAGUGCCUAUUUCUAGUCAGUGUAAAUUUAGACAAAUUUGGAAACUGUUGAUGCAAAUCACUUAUCUAACGACUAUCAUAUUUUCACCCCUUAUUCUAAUUUAUCCCAGCAAUGUUGAAAUUUAAACUUUACUAAUAAUCCAGUUUUCGAUAACUGUUUUAAACUCAGUUUUAAAUUUGAAUACUUGCUAUUACAAAAACGGAGUAGAAGUAACUCAUUUAGGAAAAAUAUAAUAGAAUUAUAUUCGAAGAUAUGGAUUUCAAGAUUUAUUAUAAUAUUUAUCGUUUAUCUUUAUUCUAUAAUUUUGUGAAUCGAAUUCUACGAUUUCUGUGAUGGCUUUGAUUUCAUUGAAUCUGUUAAUAGUAAGAUUAAUUAAAUUAAAUACUUUGAUCUCAUAACACCUUUGCAUUAGAUUGGGAUUGUAAUUUAUUAAAGGGAUAUCUUAUUGUCAUGUAUUUUCUUUAAUUUCGAUUUCCAACUAAAAUCAAAUUCAGUUUGAUCCCAUAGGCUUGCAAAUUAAUUCCUACUUGAACUACUUGAAUUCAUACUUAAGCCAAUAUUUUUCAUUUUCUAGUAAUUUAGAAUAUGAUACAAAUUUUGAAUUGUUAUUGGCAUUAUUGGUUUAGCUAUUUUUUACAAUAAAUAGAAUAAGUUUAAUUUUAGAAAUAUUGUUCUAUUUUAAUUAGAAUGUCCAAUAAUACCUAUUGAAAAAAAACUACUUUGAUUUUAAAGCAUACCUGCUGAAUCAUUAGGUUGACUAAAAUCUAAUGAAAAAAGCACUUAGUAAUUAUAAAUUUGAGAUGAAAAAGGAUUUUUAGCAAUAGAAUUUCAUGAUAGAUUCCAAAUCCAUAAAGUACAUUGAUUAAGAAAUUUAGAAAGCUAUUUGGAACACUGUGAAUGUUAAAUAUUUUAAGAAAAUAUUAGUCUUGACUUAAUUUUCAUAAAAUAUCUAGGAAAAAUUAGUAGAAAAUAUGUAAUUACAGUAUUUUCAGCCAAAUGAAAUUAUAUUGAGACAAAAUUGUAGUGAUGACGAAUCCAUGUAUCUAAUCAAAAGAGGGCAGGUAAAAGUGUGUUAUUAGAGUGACAAUACAAAGUAGGUCGGGAUUAAAACAUUAGGAGAAAUGCAAACAUUUGGAGAAGUAUCAUUUUUCACUGGACUCCCUAGAACAAGUACAAUUGUAAGUCUAGGUCCUGUUGAAACAUAUAAAAUUCGUAGGAGUGAUUUCUUAGAAGCUAUUUAAAGUAGUCGUUAAGAUUUAGUAAGUUUAAGAAUUAAAUUAGGAACUAGCAUCUUAUAUGAAGGACUAAAUCUUACACAAUAAUUAAUAUGGUUUGAUUGGACUGUAAUGUUUUUGCUGUAAUUCAAGUGAACAUUUAAUAUUUUAAUGCGAUGUCCUUCAUUACAAGCCAGAUAAAGAAAAGAUUAUCAGUAAAUAUUAGUUUGACCAUCAUUAAUUAAGAACUAGAUGUAAUAAUAAGCUUAAUUUAUCAAUAGAUAAAAGAAAUUAGAAGAGGACUAACAAUAGUAGACAAUAUCUAUUCCAAAUAGGAAUGGUAGGUGAGGAGUUUUAGGAAAAUAACUUUUUAGGGGAUUAAUCAGAAAUUUUGAAAGAGUUAACAUUAAAUUAUAAUCAAUAAUCCUCUACCUAUAUUUAACAAAAUUAAUCUUAAGCAUUCUUUCCAAGCAGAGAGAUAAUAAAAUCAUUUGAUAAAAAUAGUAUCUUAUUAAUAAGUGAAUUGGAUGAUGUAAAGGAGCAAUUUUAAGAUUUGGAUUCCAUGAUUCACAGGAAGGACAAAUCUCUAUUCCCUUAAAAUAACAACUUUCCAAUUAAAAAUUAAGUUAUCUAAGAACUUGAUGGAGAAGAUUAGAGUUCACAUUCUGAAGAUAAUAUACCUAAUGACAUUUGCUUUGUUUAGCUUAAAUCCAGUUAAGAAAAUAAAAAGUAAAAUAAUAACUUAUUAAAUAUUCCUGAUAAGGAUAAAGUUCAAGAUAUAUUUAAAGUUAAUUCUAGCAAUUUACUUCAAUAGCAGAAUAAUAGUUGCAUGGUUCCAAAUACACAAGAAAACAAGAAUUAUAGACAAGGCAGAAAAUCCUUAAGUUCAACUUUGCUUCAUAGUCAAUAAAAUGAGAUUAGCAAGAAGAGCGAGAAUUUAAGAUUGCCUAGUAUUUAAAAAAAUGGAGACGAUUUCGAUUUGAAUCCUUCAGAUAGAUCUUCUCCACCAAUAAAUAAGAAAAAUAAAAGUCCAUAAUAAAAUAAGUUAAAGAUUGAAGACAACCCAGAAAACUUCAUAGAUCUAAAUAAUUCCGUAAUUAAGAAACUAUAAAUUAGAGCCAUUUUUUCUGUUUGGAUGAUAAAACUGAACUAGACAAAGCCUAAAAUUACUUAUUUUAUUACCCAUACUAAAAUCCUGAAUUUAUCAUCAGUUUGUAAGUACUUUAUGAUUAAAUUAGAUACAAUAAUGUUAAGGUACAUCGGAUCUAAAAAUUUAAUAAAAAGAGUCCAUAUACCAUAAGCUUUGUUAUUAGUGAGAAGAUAAAGUAAAAAGCCAUUGUGCACUGA